CCAUUACUAUAUAAAAUUGACCCCCCCACACAAACUUCUCAUUCAUCAUUCUCCACAACAACUCCAUUCAUUCGUCAAAACACAACAACUUCUCUUUCCUUUCUUUCACCUAUGUGUUCAAUGAUAAGCGCGCAAGGUGUGGCGGUCGCCACCGCCAUGGCCGUCUCCGGCACAGUCAUCCUCCUCGCUCUCCGCCUGCAGAAAUCUUUUCCACCUCCCCAGUUCGCCCUUCACCAAAUCCCUCCUUCUUCGCCGCCGGUUCUGCGAUCUUGCAUAUCCAACGCUGGGAAGAAGAGCAAGAAGAAGAUGAAACGCGUGCACUUCGCGGAGGACGUGGUUGAGUCCUGCAGAGACGGACAAGAGUUCAGGAACCGAAUCUCAAGAUCGAAGAAGGUUCAGAAGAGUUUCAGCGAGGAAAUGAAGAAUGGAGAAAUGCCCACGAACAGGGUAGCUCUGUAUAAUGGAAUUCUUAGGGAUCGGGUGGCCCAGCGAUUGGCCUACUCUUGUUGAUUUUGGUUUUUCGGUGACUCAAGAGUGAAUAUUCUGUGAUUAUGCUUCUCUCUUUCCUUUUUUUAUAACAACUAGUAUAGAAGCUGCUGGGGGAGGGUCCACCACAAACCCUCACGGUUGCUCUCAUCGACGAGGUGAUUGGAUACAGGGUUUAGUGCCUUGUGAAUCGUGAAGAGGAUUUUAUUCAUACUUUUGGAUAAUCUUCUUCUACCCCCUCUCCACAUUAAUUUCUGCUCAACACAUCCAUUUCUCCGCAGAUUCAAGUAAUUUUUCUUGUAUAUAUACAACUACUUUUUCUCCGCAGAACAAUUAUUUUCUGUUCUCUUUGAAUGUAAAGAAAGAACUGUGUGGUUUUUAUUGAUGGAGGCUCCUAACAUGGAUGCAGUUGCUUGUAACUUUCUGUUCUUCUUUCAUAUUUCUGCCGCGCGUGGGAUAAUUUUACAAAAUGUUGUGCUUUUUAUUCGUCAAGAAUCUUGACUCAAGAUAUUAUGACUUCUUUUAAAUUAUGUAUAGUUACUACAGUAUGA